AAAAAAAAUUGGACAGAUUUUGUAUCCUGUGCGUAGGCUGGACUGGUAAGAACUGUCGGGAAAUUUCCCGAAAAAACGGUAAAAAUACCGAUAAAUACCGAUCGGCGAUAUUCCCGUAAAAUUACCGAAAUUUCCAUCGACCGACAAUUGGUGACGAAUAUCGUGUCGGAGCCGGCCGAUAAGCGAAAUUUCGGAGAAAUAUCACCGAAAAUUUUCGAUAUUUCAAACACUGCAUGCUUGUUGGGUUUCAAAUCAAAUGGGUUCUUAAUCCAGGCACUUAAUUUUGUGGCUUUGAACUGGUCUUUGCCUCUUUCAACCGAUCAAAUGAAGGUUGAUUUUGGUUUCGCCUACAUUAAACUUGAGAUCAGAAACCUCAAAUUUUCCACAUAUCAGAUCUUUAAUUACUGGAAUUUGAUCAAGAUCGGCCCAGUUACAGCCCAAUAGUUCAAAACUUGGGCCGGCCCAUACCUGAGUGAACUCACAUAGCGUAGGCCCUCAGUCAGUCCAGACAAAAGCAUCCAAUUAUCCCUUCUCAGAACGCUGCGUUUCUGUCGAUCUUUGAGUUCAAGGGAUCCGAUCUGCGUCUAAGGCGAUGCCUGAGUUGAAGUGGUGGUAGGGGAAGAGGUGGGACCAUGAGGGAUGAUCGAGAAAGAUCAAGAGGCCGUGGUGGUGGUGGUGGCGGCAGUUCUGGCAAAGAUAAAAUUGACGCUCUUGGGAGACUGUUGACUCGUAUAUUACGGCAUAUGGCUUCUGAGUUAAACUUGAAUAUGCGGAGUGAUGGGUAUGUCAGAGUUCAAGAUUUGCUAAAGCUGAAUAUGAAAACAUUUGCCAAUAUCCCAUUAAGAUCGCACACAAUUGAUGAUAUUAGGGAGGCUGUCAGGAAGGAUAAUAAGCAGCGAUUUGGCCUCCUAGAAGAAAAUGGGGAGCUUUUGAUUCGGGCAAACCAAGGGCACACAGUAACGAUAGUUGAAUCUGAAAGCUUACUAAAACCAAUCCUUUCGGCUGAAGAAGUUACUGUGUGUGUCCAUGGAAGCUAUAAGAGGAAUCUGGAAUCAAUUUUGGAAUCUGGUCUCAAACACAUGAAGAGAUUGCAUGUUCACUUCUCAUGUGGCUUGCCAAUGGAUGGGGAAGUAAUUAGUGGUAUGAGACGAGAUGUUAAUCUUCUGAUCUUUCUUGAUGUCAGAAAAGCUUUGGAAGAUGGAAUGAAGCUCUACAUUUCAGACAACAAGGUCAUCUUGACCGAAGGUUUUGAUGGUGUUGUGCCUGUCAAGUACUUUGAAAAGAUAGAAUCUUGGCCAGAUCGACAAACCCUUCCCUUUUAAAUGGAGAUCAGGAUGGAAGAUGAGAAAUUCCCUUCAAUAAAAGUCUCUUGACCAGUUUUGAGCAGGAUAAGCCUCUCUUGCUUCAUUAGCAGUCUGCAAUCACAUUCAAAUCCUCUGUUUUUGCCAUGUGUUUGUUACUUUAUUUGUCAAAGUGAAAUUCAAACAGAUGCAGGCAACUGAUACAUUCAUCAACUUUUAUGUCACUUCGAAAAUUUUGUUUGUGAAAGUACCCAAGAUUGUGCUGUAAAUGAAAAGGCUUUCAUAGAAAUGGUAUUCACUGUUAACUACUGAACUGUCUUGUUUAUAUAUUUAUUGCAAUUCUUACUCUACU